AUGACUCACUCACCAUCCUCAGUUACUUCCUCACCACUCCUUCAAGGAGACAAAAUUUGCUGGAAUUGCAAAACGACACAAUCUCCUCUGUGGAGAAAGUUUAACCCCACAGAACCAGACUGUACUCCAGCUCUUGGCUCUUCCAUUUUGACCACUUACUUGUGUAACAAAUGUGGUCUCUUCUAUAAGAGAAAUAAGAAACAAAGACCACUCGACUUGGAUGGUCCAAUGGUGAAUGGAAGUGGUUCAGAAUCGCCUUCUCUUGUUGCUUCACCAUUGUUAAAUUCUCCAAAAAAGAAGAAAGUUGUAUCACAACAGACAAAGAAGAGAACUCAGGAUGAGUUUUUAGAAUCAUCUUCUCCAUCCUCCUAUGAAUCCUCAGUAGUCCCUGUUGAAUCCAAGAAGAAGAAAAAGAAGCAAACGAACGCCUUGAACUCUGUGAUGUCCUCAUAUUCUUCAAGCACAACCCUUACAAACACUUCCUUCACCCCCUCACUCAAAGAGACUAUGUCUUCUCGUCCCGCACUUUCGAGACCUAUUUCGUCAAGCAACAUUGCUGAAAUUCACAAAGCUGCCGCAUUGACAAUUGACAACGAAGACUUGGAUGCCAUUCUCGAGUCCACAAAGAAAAACAAACUCAGUGGUAACAAUGGAGAUUCAUAUCUUGGAUUUGGAAGCCCAAUCAUUCAACACUCCUCCUCAUAUUCUAUUGUUAAUUGUGGUCAAGAAGCAAAUCAAGCCAAUAUUCGACGUGCUUCGAGCAGCUUUAAAGCUAACGACGCUGACACCUUGAACCAAAUUUUAUUGACAUUAGAGCAGCCAGCUACACCAAGCCGUGUCACUUCUGUUGCCUCACAACCAAGAACAUCGACUGUUGAUGCAGUACCUAUCCCAUCACAUAUUAUUGACUGGUAUAAUUCAGAUAUGCCAUCAUCUAAUCAAACCUUCAAUGGCAGACCCUCAUUUGAAAUGGAUAUUGGUACACUUGCCGAAUUAUUUGGUGAAGACCAAGUGGGCCUUUUUGACUAA